AUGCCGUUGCUGCACCUCGAAGAUGAAGAGGUGGGCGACCUCGUGACCCAUCUCGUGGAGACCUUCCGAAAGGGGGUGAACAGUUUUAUCGAAGAGCUGGAUGCGAAGCUUCGGUAUGAGUUCGAAGCCCUGGAACGGAAGGAGGUCCAACUUCGCGUGGAGAGACAGGCGCUGGAUGAGAUGCGAAAGUGUCUGCGACAGGAGCAAGAUUCCUUAGAGGCGUGCAAGCACCGACAUGGAACUAGGAAAACCCAGAAGCAGAUGAAAGUUCGCUUCAACGACGAUGACGAGAAACAGAUCGUUGACCCGCAGAUCGCAUCGGAAUUUCUGGUCAACGCACCUGAACCUGAGCCUAGCCCGGGCGACGAAAGCGAAAGCCGCGAGGCUGCCCUGUUCUGUCGACAGAGUCAUCUCUCGAGCCUCCAUCCCUGGUCAGGAAACCCCAAGCCCAGCGAGACAGUCACCAUUGCUGGGUGCCAGUACGCCGUUCUGCCGUCGACAAGCCCAGAAGAUGAGACACGGCCGCGGCUCCGUGGCACCCUGAUCUCAAUACCCAGCGGCUGGUCCUUGCUUUCGACAUCUGUGGACGGCUUCGAGUACAUUCUUCAGCAGCUGACAAUGCACUGCUGGGGUACUCCGUUGAUCGCCAUCCAGAGCCAGAAGGACCCUCAACUGUUCGACACCUUUCGGACGGCUCUUUCAACCAGCAGUCGAGCAGGAUCGAGGUAUCGUGCGGACUCUCGCCACGCAUCUCACGCAUCUGUGGCGCCGUCGCAGCGGCGAGGCGCUCAGGAUCGGCCGCACCUGCGAUUGAACCACGAAUUCGGUCGACUAGUGAUCUGCAAGAGUAUCAAUGGGAGCACCACAGCUGUCACGGAGACAGAAUAA